AGCCAUGUGCAUGCACUAAUUAAACAAGUCACACAUCAAAACAACCAAAACAUGUUUAGCUCUCAAAGUUUGUACCUCUUUCUCCUACUAACUGGUCUCCUCCAUUGCCAUGUUGAGGGAAUAUUGUGUGAGCACUCACUGAAGUUUGAGGAGAACCAUUACUUCCAACUCAACAUCUCCUCUCCACAGAGUCUCUGCUACCAGACCACUCAGAAACAGGCUCUCCGUGUGUAUGCAGCCAGCGACGAUGCUGUCAUGGAUCAUCCGGUGCUAGUGACUGUCAGACAGUGCAAGGGAGUCACGUCUUGGUCCGUGCCUUUUGUGGAGAGUGGGAUUGCAUACCCCUGGGUCUACCGUAUACUGUGCCCUUUCCUGAGCAGUUCAGAAGAGUCUGGAAUCCUUGUUGACCUAUCCACCUCCAGUAGUCGAUCUGUCAACAUCACUCUCCGAAUAGACAUUGUUAAACAUUAUCGUUUACAACUGCACAAGCCAGAUGAGCUUUAUGCAUCUCCUUCUAGCCCUUCUUACCUGUUAUUUGAAUACCCCCCUGAUCUGAACGAUGUGAGAGUCAAGAUCACCUCUGACGAUGACACCCGGGACAUUUGUGCCAUUGCUUCAAUUCAGAAUGUCUAUUGUCCUGUGGUUGAGUUGAUGGACAAUCCUCAGGACAGGGGCAAGUUCCAAACGAUGAGGUCACUAGCUGUGUUCAACGUGGAGAAACAUUAUCAUGGCUCUCCUUACAACUUUUUUUAUGUUGUGCUCUCCGUGUUUCCUAACAAUGGUCGACAAGGCGACUGUGACUAUGGCAACUACUAUGGAUACAACAAGUUGAACUUACUCAAUCAGACGACACACAACUAUGAUCCUGUUCUCUACACCGGGCCCUCGAGGAUUAAGCAUGUGACUGUUACCGUGGAGACGGUUUUGUCUGGUGAAGAGUACAAGAUUGCCAUAGUAUUGGCUUUGGCUCUACUGUUGACAUUCUACGUGGUCAGUUUUGCUUGGAUCACCGUCUUUGACUGGUGGAGGUUUGACCUCCACCCUGUGUACAAUGCUCUGAAGAGACAGGCAAGCACGUUGGUCGAGGAGGUCAUCACACCCUUCGACGAUUAUGAUAGUACACUAGCCGCACCCAGAUCACCCACUCAGGGCGAACCUGAUACGGUGAUUGGAGUGAGACCUACCUUACUGGCUGUGUUGGCUGGUGUCCACUGGAAGAGAUUGGCUAAAAAAGCGGCCACUUUGGAAACUUCCACCGUAAGCCAGUCUCCAGCAUCUCCUCUAGCAUCCCCGUCCAAUCAAAGCACUCCGCUAUUGCGACAACGACAACUUUUAGAUGCUGAGCUGCCACCCAAAGACAGCGCAGGUAGUCCGCUGCGCCCCACCUCUAUCAACAGUGACGAGGACAGUCAGAGUACAGUACCAGACUGCAUCCAUUGUGACGAUGACGAUGAUGAGUCGUCACCAGUAUCUUACAAGCACGACGAUGGUCCUUUCCCAGUAAAUGUGCUCAUGUCUGAGUUAGGGAAGUUGGACGAGCACCAGAGUACCUUCGACUAUUACCCUGUGUAUGUAUUUGUGGUUGGCACAUUCUACGCUCUACCAGUGUACCAGCUACUCGUCACUCUCAGAUACAUAAUGGCCUCAGGGAAUGAGGACAUCUGUUACCACAACUUCCUGUGCUCCCAGCCAUCGAAACUGUGGGGACUUCCCCUUACAGCAGUCAACAAUAUGUUCAGCAACAUCGCCUUCUUUCUCCUUGGACUUCUCGUCAUACUCAUCACGUACAGGAGGAGGCAGUUGUAUUACUGCUAUGUGGUGGUGAACAAAAGAAGGCCUGUUCGUCAGAGGAUUGGGGUGCCUCAGAAUUUCGGCAUCAUUUACGCAUUCGGCAUGGCGAUGAUGGGACAAGCUAUUAUGAGUACUGCGUAUCAUAUGUGCCCUUCUAGAGACAGCUUCAAGUUCGAUGCGACGUUUAUGUACAUCCAACUCGGACUGGGAAUCCACAAGUUGAUACAGAGCAGAAACCCUGACUGGAUUCCAAAUCUUCAUUACAUCAUGUUAGUGCUCACUACCUUGAUGGUUACUGUGGUGAUCGGCUCGAUAUUCAGUUACAGUCCAAUUUUCUGGUGGUUGUUCUGGCUGGGGUAUGUACUGUCUAGCCUGGUGUUUGCCGUAGAGGUCUAUUAUCGCUGGCAGAUCCCUCUCAACAAAGAGGGUGUCAGGAAACUGAUUCACCUCUAUAGUUCUCGAGGAGUUCUACCACCAAGACACAAGCCCAAGUUUGUGCUCGCUGUCCUAACUAUUGCUGUUAAUUGGUCACUAGCUUUCACUGGUUUUAACUUCCAAACUCAAAAAUUUGCCCUUUUCAUUCUCCUUGUGCUCAUCUGUAACGUGCUUCUCCACAUAACCUACUAUGCGGCGGCUAAGGCGGUGUUUAGGGAGACCAAGUGUUGGCCACCCUCCAAAGUCUUUGUGUUUACUGUGCUCACUUUGCUCUGUUGGGCGGCAGGAUUGUUAGUCUUCACAUUGGAAACGAUUGACUGGGGUGUGUCAGCUGCCGUCUCUCGAGACCAAAACUCAGAGUGUAUGUUACUGGGUUUCUACGGUGCUCACGACAUCUGGCACUUCCUAUCGGCCUUUGCAACCUUCUUUUUUUGCAUGCUCCUGCUGACAAUGGAUGAUCGCCAAGAGGUAUUGACACGAAACAAGAUCAUGACCUUUUGAACUCUACAAAGUCGACUCUAUAUAAUUGUAGGUGCUACGUGCUAUUUUGAAUUUUUAGUAUCAUUAAUUUUGAUUAGCAAUUGUACACAAUCACUUUGUGGUUUAUCCCAUUAUAAUGCUAUUUAUUAUAA